AUGACAUCAACUGCUUUACGCCGUCUUUUUACUGAAUAUAAAGAGCUUAUCUCUAAUGCACCUCAUGGCAUUAUGGCUGGACCCACAGAUGAAAACAAUUUUUUUGAAUGGGAAUGUUUGCUAGAAGGCCCAGAAGGUACACCGUUUGAAGUAAGUUCUGGUGGUUUGUUUCCAGCAACUUUAAAAUUUCCAAAAGAUUACCCACUAAAUCCACCUGUUAUGAAGUUUACAUGUGAAAUGUUUCACCCAAAUGUAUAUCCUGAUGGAACUGUCUGUAUUUCGAUUUUGCAUGCACCGGGUGAUGAUCCAAACAUGUAUGAAUCUUCAUCUGAACGGUGGUCACCUGUACAGAGUGUUGAAAAAAUUCUUCUAAGUGUUAUGUCGAUGCUUGCAGAGCCGAAUGACGAAAGCGGUGCAAACAUUGAUGCCUGUAAGCUUUGGCGUACUAACCGAAACGAAUAUAAUCGUAUUGUUCGUCACAAUGUUCGAAAGAUUCUUGGACUUUAA